CGUUUGAACUACGGUGAAUCCUAACUAAUUUUGACGUUUAAAUGUAACCUCAGGUGUUGUUUUGAAUCCAGAACGUGGAAUAAAAUGAAGCAAUUUUCAACGCAUGAAUCGGUCAGUUUAGAAAAAUCGGUUGAAUUAAAUACGGAUUUGGUGCAAACCGAUGAAACCGAACUGGAAAACGUGUAUGAAAUCAACAAAUGUUCGCAAUGGAUCAAAGAGAACAAUUUCAAAAAGGUUUGUUUACAAUUCCCGGAUUUUCUGUUGCCUGAUUCCAGCGAAGUCGCAUUGAAAUUGCAAGAAAUUUUAGGCCAAACUGUUUAUAUUUUAGGAGAUACUGCUUACGAAAGUUGUUGUAUAGAUUAUGUAGCUGCUGCUCAUAUAAAUGCGGACGCUAUAAUUCACUAUGGACCAAUAUGCUUUUCCAAAACUUCAGCAAACAUUCCAUCCUUGAAUGUUUAUGAGAAACACAACUUAAACCUUGACAUUUUUCAUAAAGCUGUAGAUAAUUUUACAGAGGAAGCAGUGCUUUUAGUAGACACUCCUUAUAUUCAUCAUAUUAAAGAUAUUAGUUUUAAUGGGAAGAUUAAAAGAAUUGAUGAAGAGUUUGAUGUGAAAAACCAAGAUGUAAUUUACCUAGGAGAGAAUGAUAGAAAAGUUUUGAACAUUUCUCUAACUUCACAAUCAAAAACUUUAAACUAUUACAACCCAAAGACUAAGAAACUUACAUUAUAUAAAACUGACUCAAAGAUCCUAAAGCGCCGAUAUUUCCUAACGGAAAAAAUCAAAGACAGUAAAACAGUUGGAAUAGUCAUAGGAACACUAGCAGUUAAAAACUAUUUAAAGGUGAUAGAGAGAAUGAAAAAGCUGCUAACACUUAGCAACAAAAAAUACUACUUGAUAAGUGUGGGUAAACCAACAGUGGCAAAGCUUGCAAACUUCCCAGAAAUGGAUGUGUACGUCAUCAUAACGUGCGCCAUGAAUGAGAUUUAUGAAAGCAGAGAUUAUUAUAAACCUUUAGUAACUCCUUUUGACGUAGAAAUCGCCUUAAAUUCAAACGCAAAGGACGUGAACUUUUCGUACGACUACAACUCGUUUAUUAACGCCUCAGAUUUGGAUAAUCUGAAGGUAGAUUUGAACGAAGACGUUAGUUUAUUAACUGGUAAUUUGAGAAGUAACAGAACGGACGAUGAGAAACUGGAGGAAAAUUCGGCAAUAGUGAAGAAAGAAGGAAGUGUUGUAGAAUAUGGGGCAGGGUUUUUACAAAAUAGAACUUGGAGAGGUUUGGAACAAAACUUGGGGCAAACUGAAGUUAAAUUGGCAGAAGAAGGACGAAGAGGAAUAGCGGGGGGUUAUAAUAAUGAACAAGUUUAAUUUAUUUACACAAUAAAGUUGUUUUACAUGUUA